AUGAAAAGACAAGCUGACAAGCAUCGCACGGAUCAUGAAUUUGCAGUCGGAGAUCAUGUGUUUCUGAAGCUUCAACCAUAUCUUAAAGCUUCAGUAGCACCGCGUGCAAACCAUAAACUUGCAUUCAAGUUCUAUGGCCCUUUCCAUAUCCUGGAGCGUGUGGGAGCUGUGGCAUACAAGCUCGAGCUGCCAGCAAGUAGUAAAGUCCAUCCUGUGUUCCACGUGUCCCUACUCAAGAAAGUGCUGACACCGGACUGUGAAGUAUUGCCACAACUACCUACUCCUGAAAAUCAGUUUCAGUGUCCUGAGCAGAUCAUGCAGCAGCGAGUUGUCCGUCGUGGCUCUGACUCGGUCAUCCAAGUGUUGGUCAAGUGGAGUGGAUUGCCGGAGGACAUGGCUACUUGGGAAGAUAAAGUGACGUUGCAGCAAAACUUUCCGAGAGCACCGGCUUGGGGGCAAGCUGCUUCUAAGGGAGGAGGGAUUGUCAGUGACCAAGGCGUGCGCCAAGUCGAAGUUCAAAGCAAUGCUCGGCCCAAGAGGCAGCCUCGCGUACCCGCUCGGCUAGCUAGGCCGGAAUGGGCCUAG